AAAAUCGUUCUCCUCAUUGCCAUUCGUCGGUUGGGGUUCGUAGAGUCAGGGCGUUCAAAAGACAGGAGCGUUCUGGACGAGGUAGUGUGCUGCUCACCAUUAACGAAACGUUCGGUUUAACGUCGCGUGGAAUUUCCCCAACCAAGUCAUCUGUUUAUUUUUAUUGCUUUAGCGCACGUUACAGUUAAUUAUUUUUUGUGCAUAUUAUUUUCGACAGCGAUGUGCACUGUUCAAGUGCUGCUGUUCGCCGAUGUUAUGGGGCGCACGAAUUCAGUUCAAGGUGUUCGUUCCGGGGCGGGGGUGUGCCGGCGGCUGUUCGCAAACGAUCCGUCGGAGCGGGCCGACCCUUCCGUUUUUCUGAAGCGUAUGGAGGAUCAGCUUCGACAGAGGGACAAGGAAAGGUGGAACUUCGAUUUCCAGACAGAAACGCCCUUAGCGGGGCGGUAUCAGUGGAUGCCCGUCAGCGCCCCGGCACCGAAGAAGGACAAAACAAUUGCGGUAGCGGAGGCUAGUCCUGCGCAAUCUACUUCUAGUUCGAUGCAGGCAUCGAAAAGAAAAAGGAGCAAUACUUCAACUCAACCCAAAAUAACAGAGUUCAUGACAAAAAGAAAGCGUUCGAGUUCAGAAGAAGGUACAGCGCACAAAUUGAAGGUUCGUCGUUUGAGCAGAACCAGCAGCAGUAGCGACCACCUCAUAGCCACCACGAGGCCGAGGUAGGGCGUAGAUUCGCCCGCUGCCGAAGACCGUUCAACCGAAGUUGCUGGAUACGACUGAGGUUGCGGAUCUGCUACCAAAGAUCUAUGUGAUAAAUUGAACUGCCAUCUGGUGACAGUCUCAGGAACUAAUUUGCUUCUUCUGCCAUCUGGUGACAGUCUUCAAUACAAUUUUAUUUGCUGCUGAGCUUCGGUUCUGGUUUAAACAAACUAUUGAACUUCUACAAAAGAAAAACAUUCCAUAGUGAUUUUAUUCCUCUCUUCUUGGACAUUUUUUUAAAAAACAUUCAGCCAUUUGUAAAUGUUAAGAAGCUAAGUUUUAGGAAAACUCUUCACUGUAUCCAACUACUCUAUAAACGUUUUGAAAUCAAAAUGAUGCAGAUUUAAUGUUUGUAUGUAAGGCAUUCUGUCUGAAAGGCGGGAUGCUGAGUUUUCUAUGCUUGUGAUGUGCCAACUGUUAAAAAUAUUGAUUUCUUUCUUUCUUUCUUUGUUAAAUCUAUCCUUCUUUCAUUUUUAUAUAGCUGAACUGAAAUGUUCAAGAUUGGACAUGUUACUCAUAAUAUAAGUUAUUGUAAAAAAAAAAAAUCGUUUUUAUACAAAAAUUAAUAUAUGUCUGUAUUAUAAAAAUGCUCGAAAAUUAAUUUAAAUUGUUUAAUUGAGUAUUCUUGUAUCGAAAUUUUAUAGUUUAUAACAUAUUUGAAAUAUUGACUGUUAUAGAAAUACAUUCAUGGAUUUUUUUAAUAUUUUAUUUGAGGAAUUUAAUUAUUUGCUCAUGAAUAUACAGUUUUAAUAAUUUCUUAAUAAAAUAUGAUCUUGAAUUAUCUGCUGUUAUUCUAGUGCCAAAUAUAUGGCGAGUUAGUGAUAAUAUUUAAUUAUCCCUUCAUAGCUACAGUUUAAAAUUGAAAAUAUUUAAAAGUUUUAUUUUUCACUUAUUCUGAUAAAGAAAUGAUUUUUAAUCCUAUUAUUGGUUUAGAAAUGAUAACCAAGAAAUAUAUAUAUAUA